UUUUCUAUCUUUUUUGCCUUUUGUAAUGAAAUCAAAACUCAAUUUAAUAUUUCUGUGCUCAUAUUAAGAAGUGACAAUGCCAAAGAAUACUUUUCAGCACAAUUUCAGCCUUAUAUGACACAAAAUGACAUUCUUCAUCAGUCUUCCUGUGUGGAUACCCCAUCCCAAAAUGGCGUGGCCGAAAGAAAAAAUCGGCAUCUUCUUGAGGUAACUCGUGCUCUUCUUUUUCAUAUGAAAGUACCUAAACACUUUUGGGCGGAUGCAGUUUUUACGGCAUGUUUUUUGAUAAAUCGUAUGCCGUCUUCUGUCCUUAAUGGGGAUAUUCCUUAUACUGCUUUGUUUCCUACAAAAUCUUUGUUCCCUAUUGAACCCCGUAUUUUUGGUUGUACUUGUUUUGUGCGUGAUGUUCGUCCACAGGUUACUAAAUUGGAUCCAAAAUCUCUCAAAUGUGUCUUUCUUGGGUACUCUCGGCUCCAAAAAGGGUACCGUUGUUUCUCUCAUACUCUUAAUCAUUAUUUUGUUUCUGCAGAUGUCACAUUUUUUGAGUUCACUCCAUUUUUUCCUCCAUCAUCUGUGUAUGAGAGUCAGGGGGAGGAGGAUGAUCUCUUAAUAUAUACUGUCCAACCAAUGUCUAGUCCUCUCCCACAGCCUGUUCCUUCUGUCUCUAGACCUACUCGAUCUCCCGUUAUUCAUGUUUAUUCUAGGAGAUUGGAGAUUCCUGACUCAGAUCCUCCACCAGCUACUUCGUUGGGAGAUCCUGUACCUCAUACUGAUCAUGAUUCUGAUAUAGACUUACCCAUUGCUCUUCGUAAAGGUAAACAUUCAUAUACUUACCCUAUCUCUUCUUUUGUUUCUUAUAAUCAAUUAUCUUCUUGUUCUUGGUGUUUUGUUACUUCUUUAGACUCUGUUCCUAUCCCUAAUACUGUUGGUGAGGCACUGUCUCAUCCUGGCUGGUGUGAUGCUAUGAAAGAGGAAAUGGAGGCUUUAGAUGCUAAUGGUACAUGGGAACUAUUGCCUUUGCCCACUGGUAAGAAAGCUAUUGGUUGCAAAUGGGUAUUUACAGUAAAGGUCAAUCCUGAUGGUUCUGUGGCUAGGUUAAAAGCACGCCUUGUAGCAAAAGGAUAUGCUCAGACAUAUGGGGUUGAUUACUCUGAUACUUCUUCUCCUGUAGCUAACUUACUUCUUUUCGCUUGUUUAUCUCUUUAGCAGCUACAUAUGAUUGGCCCCUGCAUCAAUUGGAUAUCAAGAAUGCUUUCCUUCAUGGUGAUCUUUAGGAGGAGGUGUAUAUGGAGCAACCACCUGGGUUUGUUGCUCAGGGGGAGUUGGGUAAAGUUUGUAGGCUUUAGAAGUCUCUUUAGGGCUUGAAACAAAGUCCUAGGGUAUGGUUUAGGAGAUUCAGUGAAGCAGUACAGGAAUUUGGUAUGCAAAAGAGUAAGUGUGAUCACUCAUUUUAUAGGCAAUCUGAGGCUGGUCUAAUUCUCUUGGUAGUCUAUGUGGAUGACAUUGUCAUCACUGAGAGUGACUCUGCAGGUAUUUUAUCUCUUAAAAACUUCCUCCAAACUCAGUUUCAGACCAAAGACUUGGGAUUGUUAAAGUAUUUCUUGGGUAUCAAAGUUAUGAGAAGUAAGAAGGGUAUUUUCUUGUCUCAAAGAAAAUAUGUCCUCGAUCUAUUGACAGAGACAGGAAAAUUAGGUGCUAAGCCUUGUAGCGCACUAAUGACUCUAACUUUACAACUGUUAGCAGGGGAUAGUGAGUUGUUUGAAGAUCCAGAGAGAUACAGGAGAUUGGUAGGAAAAUUGAACUACCUUACAGUCACUCGUUCUGACAUUGCUUAUGCCGUUAGUGUGAUGCCGACUGGGCUGGAUCUAAGGUUGACAGAAGGUCAACUACUGGAUAUUGCGUUUUUAUUGGAGGAAAUUUGGUGUCUUGGAGAAGCAAGAAGCAAAGUGUAGUUUCUCGGUCUAGUGCUGAAUCCGAAUACAGAGCCAUGGCACAAUUAGUAUGUGAGGUAAUGUGGAUACUUCAAUUACUAGAUGAGACAGGUUUUAAGACCUCCCUGCCUGCGAAAUUGUGGUGUGAUAAUCAAGCUGCUCUUUAUAUUGCUUCUAAUCCGGUGUUUCAUGAGCGGACCAAACAUAUUGAGAUUGAUUGUCACUUUAUUCGUGAAAAGAUUCAACAAUAAAUCAUCUCAACAGGACACAUCAAAACUGGAGGGCAGUUAGGAGAUAUUUUCACAAAAGCUCUGAAUGGAGCUAGGAUUGACUACAUUUGUAACAAGUUGGGCAUGAUUAAUAUCUAUGCUCCAACUUGAGGGGGAGUGUUAUGGAAAGUCAAUCACUAUAUUAUUUCUCUGUAUAUUUUGUAUUCUGUAUUCCUAUUUAGGAUUUCUUAUUUAGGAUUUCUUCCUAAUUAGUAGAACACAAUUAUAGGAAUCAAUUGUAUAUAUAUACCCAUGUACAGAUUAAUUGAAAUCAAUAAGAAUUAUCUCUUUCUACACGUAUGAAUAAGUUCAUUAUUUAUUAUAUAUUUUUUAAAAUAAAGAUUAGCAGCUACUUACACAUUAGAACUAAAAAACAAAAAAGUCAAAGUACCUUGACCCAUUAAAAAUAGAGAAAGAAUAAGCCGAGUUUUAGGUACUUUAGGGGUAGGCUUAGUCGGUUUGCUCUUUCGGGACACUGUACGUUUGAAUAAUAUUUUGAGUUCGUUAAGUGUAAAAUAGUGUAUUAAUUUUAUUAUGUAAUGAAUGUAUUAUAAAAAUUUUUAUUUUUAUU